AUGGCGGCGAUAUCGAGCCUCGUAUUGAGCGAGGCUAUACCUGCGAAAGACCGGGUGGAAGAGCUGGACACUCCUACAACUCCGCGGGCCGGUCGUUUUGCCUCGACGGUUGCCGACGAUUCGAAUGUCGCCGUCGUAGGCCAAACCCUCCCGAGAUCAAGCGCUCCCACAAUCUCCCAACCUUCAAGUCGAGGUGCGCCGAAAGACGGCCCGGACCAUCGUCAAGACCAUGCCGAUAGAGAAGAGGCGAUACCGGGUUCAAUGGAUAUGGGAGAUGAUGAAAACGAUCAGCAUGGCUCGGACAACGAAGCCGAGCCCGGCGAGGCAGACUCUGCUUCUAGAAAGAAGAAGGGCCAGAGAUUCUUCUGCACGGGCUAUCCGCCUUGCAAUCUCAGUUUCACCAGGAGCGAGCAUCUGGCUCGCCAUAUAAGGAAACACACGGGCGAACGUCCGUUCCAGUGUCACUGCAAUCGAAGGUUCUCCAGACUGGAUAACUUGCGUCAACAUGCUCAAACUGUUCACGUCAAUGAGGAAAUCCCGACAGAUUCCCUCGCCGCUACGGGCACUCGGUUUCAAAGACAGAUACGCACUGACCGUGUCCGGCCAACCGGUCGUCCUCGUACUGGCACUGCUGGGAGUACAGGCAGUCACAGUCGAGGUCACAGCCGAAACCUUUCGGCUUCAAGCGUUGGUUCGACAUCAUCCAAUUACAGCGUUGUUACAGAAGCGAAAAGGCGACCACCGCCGCUCCUCAUGGCCAAUGAUAGCACGAACAGACCCAAUUUGGGCAUCGAACCACCACAAACACCCCCAGCGCAGUAUCGGGGGUACAAUACCAAUUCUCCCAGUGGCAUGAGUACACCCACGUCUGCGAACUUUUCGGCCACUCCCGGGAGUCCAGGCUUUCUAUCGUCGAUGGGUUCUCCGGUGUCGACCAAUUCGCGGUUAAGCGGGUUCCUCGGUUCGAGACCGCCAGCUCGUCGAUUAUCGGUGCCCUCAGGCCCAAAUCCAUAUCAAAGCCAAUACCCACCAGGAUAUCCCAUGACUUAUAUGAAUCAAAUGGGUCCUCCCAGUUCGCAUGCAUCCUUAAACUCGAGCGUGUUUGCUAGUCCCUCCUCGACUACGUUUCCCAGCGCUCCGGGCCAACAUAUCCUACCAGGAGAGGAUUGGCGACGACGGACGUGGCACCCGUCCACUUAUCCUGCCGCCAAUUACAACUAUGGACGUCCGGCGACAAGCGGACUGACAUAUUCCCAAACCCCGGAUGCACCUCAACCUGCUCAUGCACAACAUGCCACCGCCGCUGCCGGUCAAGCUCCACGUUUGCCCGGUAUUGAGAGUUUCGAUCAUGUUCAGCAUCGGUCAUACACCCCUCCUCGGCGUCAACCAAGUCCCAUGCAGAUUGACUCCCACCCUGCCGACUCCCAUCUCUCAUCGUCGGCUCCGAGUCAAGAUCCUCGCGUACGUCAAGGCCAUGUUUCUUGGGACGGGAGUCGUCCCAGCCAGUAUCCCGAUCUUGAUGAUCACGGAGACCGGGGCCAAGUGGCAGGAUCCUGGGGCCAACAAACCAUCAAUGAAAUCCAGAACAUCAGCAUUCAGCAUCAUGAGCAGACCAGACCCUUAGACAUGGGACCUCCACCUCCGUCCAUGACGUCCGUCCAACAGCAACAACAAAUGGCUCGAGAAGCGCUCGAGAUGCAGUCUUCCGCUCCGAAGAAGUCCAAGAGGCAGGGAUGGUAUAAUGGACCUCUGCCUCCUGGUCGAACAUCUCCUGAAGAUUCAAGCAGUAGUGAUGGGGUUCCGACCCCUGGUAUGACUGCUGUGGAAGUGCAUCCCAUGAUUAUGUCCAGCAAUGGCUACAUGGACACACAGCAUGCAGCACUUCCUCCAGAUGGACAUCAAAAUGUGUGUCUUGCCCCUGCUCCGUACAUCGAAACAACUCGCCACCAAAACACGACCUCUUAUCAUGAACGUGGUGGCACUGGCAGUGAGAUGAAUCGUCUUGAAGCCCUGGUAGCGGUAGCAACCAGCGGUGAAAAUGGUGCUCGAUAA